UUGUCUUACAGUAGCAAGACAGAUUUCUUCUGCUUCUGGUCUUCUGUCACCAGCCAGACACUCAUGGCUUCUCCAAGGCUAGAAACCUACUGCUGCCCUAACCGGGAUGCAGCCACAGAGCUGAUUCUGACUUUCCAGCCUGAAGUAUUCUGUGGUGUUUGCAUUGGCAGUGCCUCAGUUAGUCUACUCCUUAGUAUCCUGCAGCUCCUCCCCAAACAGGGACAGAGCCCCCGGAAAAUGCCCAAAGCUUCCUCUUCCUCUACCAUCCUUCUCCUCAUCUCUGCUUGUGACAUCUUCGGUGGGCUAGGUAUUAUCUUCAGAUCAACAAUAUGGUUAAGCUUCCCAGACUUCAUAGCAAACAUCUCUGUGAUGAAUGGAACUGAUGUGUGGCCUACUGCUUUCUGUGUGGGGAGUGCGAUGUGGAUCCAGCUCUUAUACUGUGCUGGCUUCUGGUGGCUGUUUUGCUAUGCUGUAGAUUCCUAUUUGGUGGUUAGAAGAUCAGCAGGGCUCAGUACAAUUGUGUUGUAUCACAUGAUGGCCUGGGGCCUGGCAGUCCUGCUGUGUGUGGAGGGAAUUGCAAUGCUUUACUAUCCUUCAGUUGCUAGUUGUGAAAAUGGCCUCGAGCAUGCGAUUCCUCAUUAUAUCACUACCUAUACUCCACUUCUGCUAGUUUUGGUUGCCAAUCCAAUCCUAUUUAGAAGGACAGUAACAGCAGUUGCCUCUCUACUGAAAGGAAGACAAGGAAUCUAUACAGGAAAUGAAAGACGCCUGGGGAUGGAGAUUCAGAUCCGCUUUUUCAAAAUUAUGCUGGUGUUCAUUAUUUGCUGGUCAUCAAAUAUCAUCAAUGAGAUCCUUUUGUUCUACCUUGAAAUGCAGCCAGAUAUCAAUGGAAGUCACUUGAAAAAUGUUAGAAAUGCUGCACUGAUCACAUGGAUUAUAAUGGGGAUACUAAAUCCAAUGCAAAGCUUUCUCUUCACCUUAGCUUUCUAUGGCUGGACUGGAUGGAAACUAGACCUGAAGUGGCGGAAAAGAGAAAUUCCUUGGGAAUCACUGUCCACAUCAACUGUUGGUGAAAAUGCCUACCCCUCACCUACCGGAUCCUCUGUUAAUUUUCAAAACAGCCUCCGUGACUCAAAGAAGACAACAAUAGCCAGCAGCCAGCAGAUUGAUGAGGCCUUAAGCAUGUUGUCUGAAGGUUCUGAUGAUAGCACAGUUGAAAUCCACAUCUCAAGUGAGCUACAUGACUUAGAUGGUAAUGAUGCUGAUGUUGAAUAACUGGAAAACUGGGAAAGGUAUAAGCUGGUGAGCUGGAGACGUGGCAACAUUCUCAAGGCUUUGCCCCCUAGUUUUCCCUCCUUUAUGAUGCAUGUAUCUUCCCAUUCUCACAUUCAAAUCCCAGUUUGAAUCUAUGACUCUAUAUGUAUUUACACAAGAUGGAGCAGUUCCAACAGAAGAGAAUGCAAGAGCGACAUCUCAGAAUAGAUAAGUCUGGCAAGUUUAGGCCCCUCUACUAAGAGGUGGGAAAAUGGCAGAGCAUGAACUUGAACUUAGGUCUUCUACAUGCCAUGGGAAUACUAUCAUGCCAUUGGCUAUUCAGGUUGGGCUCUUCUCUCUCAUUUUUCAUGGAAAACUUUGGAAGGUAUUGGUUUUAUAAAUUAGGUAUGUUUUUACUGGAAGAAACCAAAUCUAUCUGGAUUUGUAAAUUGUGCAUUACUAGCCAGUGAAAAAUACCAGACUUAUUGGCCUAGCUUUGCUUUAUUUCAGUUUGUUAAUCUGCCAUAGGUUAGAUUAUCAGUCAGUGGAUCUUUAGUCUGCACUAAUUGAGGGUCUGGCCUUGUAUAUUAAGCAGUGGGACUUUUGUUCUGUUUAGGUGCUUUAGAGCUGGGGUGUAAUACUCACUGGACUCCACAGACCAGAUCUGUAUUGAGGGGUGUCUUCAGGUUGAACAACCUGUGAGCAGUGGUGAUAGUAUUAAUCCCCACAGUUGCCAGAUACUUUUUCUGCACAGCUCUGGAACCCAGGGAAUAAAUACUGCUAGUGCUUGUUCCCCCUUACCUCCUGCUACCAACCUUAGUCACCAGGGGACACUAAAAAUCAUGGCAGAGCCUCUUUGGCAGCUGGUGAGGGGAGGUGAGUAAUGUUAACUCCCUGGGUUUUGGAACUGCACUGAAACAAUGGGAUUAAUGUCAUUGCCAAAGAGAUUCUGGCAGCUGUGACGGUGAACCCUAGGGGCCAAAUCCAGCCCAUGAAGACUGGUGAUUCUUCUUAUGAGAAGUCCUACAGGCUAGCUGACCCAGCUACAUGGGCCACAUCCAGCCUGUUGGUCAUAUGUUUAACAGCGUUGUUUUAGAUUAUUAUACACAGUUAUACACAGAUGUGUAUGUAUAUGUAUACA